UGUGAUCUUUUUGGCUCCCCGGUGCGCCAGGGAUCAGGGUGGGCCAGGCGCGUGCCCUGUGGUCCGUUGUUACCACCCGGGGCCCAAAGGCCCACUUUUCCCUUUCAGCACAGAUGUCAGUUUGUACUGGGGCAGAGCAGUUGUCUGGGGAGUUUGCUGGCGUCUUCCAAAGAGAUCUAGGAGACUCAGGAUUUACAACUUUCUCAGGCAAAUAGAUUCCCACCUGCCUCCCCAAAGUCAAGUCACCCAGUAAGACAACUGCCAACAGCCUCAGCAGCAUCCAGAUCCUCCUUAAGAGCACAGUGCAUUCACACAAAGCCAACAUGGCAUACAAUUCACAACUUACCUUCAAGACGAUGAAGGCACAGAGGGGAUAACAGAUCCUGCAGCACAACUGGAGGUACUGAAUUGUUCACAUGUAAUUUGAAGCUGAAUCAGCCACAAAAAUGAAUCAGGCAAUGCAUCCAUCCACCAUUAGUAAGAAAUUGACCAGUGUUCCAGAAUUACCUUUUAAGAAAGGACUACUGAAUUUAUCACCUGCACUGAAAGAAAAACAUAGUCUCAAGUCUACAGAUGUUAAAAUUGAACCAAUGGUCCUCAGGUCUCCCCCCACAGGAGAGUCGAUUGUACGGUUUGCCUUGCCAAUACCACUGAGAAAGACGAAGGAGUUAAUAUCAAGUCAUGAAAUGGUCAGGAAGAUUACCCAAAACCUGAAGAUGGUUGUUUCUACCUUAGAGAAGACCUUUGGAAAUAUCAAUGAAGAUAAAGAAAAAAGAGCAGCAAAACCUGAAAUAGAAGGCUUCAGACAAGAAGGCUUGUCUGUUGGUGAUGAUGUGAAGUCAUUCUUGUUGUGCUGUUCAGAAUUUACAGCUCAGCUGGAGGAAGCAGUUAAGGAAGAACGUGGUGCGUUGGAAUCUCUUUACAAGUGGUUUCAGCAACAAGUCAACCAACUGGAGGAGAUCGGCAAAGAUCAAAGUAAUUUAGAAGCAGAAGUUCAAUCAGAUAGAAAAUCAAUUUUGAACAUUGUACAAAUUGCAAAACUGGCACGUAAAUUUGAAGAUAUUGAAGGCCGCCUAAGAGAGCGCAAGGCGGCCAUGCUGGCUAAAGAAGAGGAUAAAGCAACUGUAUCAGAAUCAUUGAAAAAUUAUCAACUUAUAGAAAAGCAAAUUGAAGAGUUCAUAAAAUCCCAUUCAGAUAUAGAAUUUCAAAUUGUUUCUGAAACUGAGUCAGGUUUGGAACAGCCAAGUGGCUCAACAGGAACUCCUUCAGUGACUAAUCGGAUGAAUACAAUGAUGAAAAUAUUUGAAAAUCAGACAACUAUGUUAGAAAAAGCUUUAAGUGAUCAGACUGAAGCUGAGGCUAAAUAUAAAAAAAUGGAAACUAAUGUUCAACUGUUAGUAAUGGAGAAAGCCCUCCUGAAAGGUGAAAUACGAAGGCUGAGAGAAAUACAGAAAGCAAAGGCUACAAGCAAAGAAGUGCGACCCAAGAAAUCUGGAAAAUCAGAAAAGAAAAAAGAUAGAGAAUUCAAAUCAUUUGAAGAACUGCUUCAAAUCCAGCAAGAAGCAGAAGUCCUGAAACUGGAGAAAAAAACCCUUCAAGAACAACUGAAAUGGGCUUUAGAGGAAGCUGAAAGAAGUAAGUCUCAACUCAACCUUGUCCUACAACAAAAGACGGAGAAUAUCAAAGAAGAGAAGAGUAAAACAAAAUUGGAUCAGUCUCAAAGUAAAUCAAAGGUUAAGGUUGAAGAUUCAAAAGAUUCCCUACUGAAGAAGAGUGACACACAGUCCGCUGGACAGAGGCAGGAUCAGACCUCAUCUGAUCAGAGUAAAAGGUCAGUUGGUGAAAGAUCAGAGAAGAAAAGGGCUGAUGCAGAUCCCUCAGCCUCAGAGGGGACCUUUAAGUCAUUUACAGUGAUGCCAUUAAUAGAAGAGCACCAAGAAUCAACCCAGCUAAAUGACACAGAAAUGGGGUCCCUGAAAUCACGUCCUGUUCACACUAAAGAAAUGGUAAAGGCUGGAAAGUCAGAACAGAAAAAAGCAGAAAACACUGAAGUUCCUUUUGAGACUGCAAAUGAAGAUGAGGAUUUGCUGACAGAAUCCCAGGCACCUACAAUGGAGAAAGUCAGAGAAAGAGGGAGACACAAAUCACUUCGUAUCUCUGAAAAAUCACGUGAAACCAUGAAUUUAAUUUCAAGAACACAAUCUGAAAUUGAGAAUUUUGAGGCCACCAAAUAUGAGAAUGUGCUUAAUGAAGAUGAAGAGAAAGAUAAAAUUGCUGGCAAAGAAGACUCAGACAAAGGAAUAAAAUCAAAGAGACCUAAAGUUUCUAAGCGUAGGAAACUGUUUACUCAUGAGGAGGAAUCAGAUCCAGUGAAUUAUGAAGAAGUAACAAAAUCCAAAGUUCCAUCAAGGAAGAAAGCCUCUGAUGCAGAAGGUGAGGAAGCACUUGCCCUUGAGAGUCGAGGUUCAGUCUCAAAAGCACACACACCUACAAAGAAACAAAGAACUCACAAAAGAGGAAAAGGCAGUGGUGUUUAUGAAGCACUUAACUCUGAGGGUCAAGGCUCGUUCUCAAAAGCAUACGAGUACACAAAGAAACAAAGAACUCACAGAAGAGGAAGAGGCAGUUCUCAUGAAGAGGAAUAUGAUUCAGUACACUAUGAAGAAGCAAGAAAAGCCAAAGUUCCAUCAAAGAAGCAAGCCUCUGAUGCAGAGGGUGAUGGAGUGCUUAGCCCUGAGGGUCAAGGCUCAGUCUCAAAAGCACACACACCAACAAAGAAAAAACAAACUCACAGAAGAGGAAGAGGUAGUGCUCAUGGGGAAGAAUCAGAUAGAGUGAACCAUGAAGAAUCAACAAAGUCUAAAGUUCCAUCUAGAAGAAAAGCAUUUGCAGUUCCUCUUAAAGGUCAAAAUGAAGAACUUAGUCCUGAGAGUCAAGACUCAAUCUCAAAAUCAGACACAGAACAAAGGGAACAAAGGGAACAAAGGACUCACAAAAAAGAAAGAGGCAGUAUAGCUGAUGGAGCAUAUAGCCCUCCAAAUCAAGUUUCAUUCUCAAAAUCAGACACAGAAACAGCGAAGCAAGUAUCUUCUAAAAGAAAAAGAAAUGUUGGUCAGGAUAACAUUCCAGAAGCUGAAGGAGCAUAUAGCCCUCCAAGUCAAGUUUCAUUCUCAAAAUCAGACACAGAAACAGUGAAGCAAAUAUCUUCUAAAAGAAAAAGGAAUGUUGGUCAGGAUAACAUUCCAGAAGCAGAAGGAGCAUAUAGCCCUCCAAGUCAAGUUUCAUUCUCAAAAUCAGACACAGAAACAGCGAAGCAAAUAUCUUCUAAAAGAAAAAGAAACUUUGGUCAGGAUAAUAUUCCAGAAGCUGAUGGAGAAUAUAGCCCUCCAAAUCAAGUUUCAUUCUCAAAAUCAGACACAGAAACAGCGAAGCAAAUAUCUUCUAAAAGAAAAAGAAAUGUUGGUCAGGAUAACAUUCCAGAAGCUGAAGGAGCACAGAGCCCUCCAAAUCAAGUUUCAUUCUCAAAAUCAGACACAGAAACAGCGAAGCAAAUAACUUCUAAAAGAAAAAGAAACUUUGGUCAGGAUAAUAUUCCAGAAGCUGAUGGAGAAUAUAGCCCUCCAAAUCAAGUUUCAUUCUCAAAAUCAGACAUAGAAACAGCGAAGCAAAUAUCUUCUAAAAGAAAAAGAAAUGUUGGUCAGGAUAACAUUCCAGAAGCUGAUGGAGCAUAUAGCCCUCCAAAUCAAGUUUCAUUCUCAAAAUCAGACAUAGAAACAGCGAAGCAAAUAUCUUCUAAAAGAAAAAGAAACUUUGGUCAGGAUAAUAUUCCAGAAGCUGAUGGAGCAUAUAGCCCUCCAAGUCAAGUUUCAUUCUCAAAAUCAGACAUAGAAACAGCGAAGCAAAUAUCUUCUAAAAGAAAAAGAAACUUUGGUCAGGAUAAUAUUCCAGAAGCUGAUGGAGCAUAUAGCCCUCCAAGUCAAGUUUCAUUCUCAAAAUCAGACAUAGAAACAGCGAAGCAAAUAUCUUCUAAAAGAAAAAGAAAUGUUGGUCAGGAUAAUAUUCCAGGUGCCGAUGAAGCACUUAGCUCUGCAAGUCAAGUUUCAUUCUCAAAAACAAACACAGAAAGAAUGAAGCAAAUAUCUUCUAAAAGAGAAAGAAAUGUUGGUCAGGAAAAUACUCCAGGUGCCGAUGAAGCACUUAGCUCUGCAAGUCAAGUUUCAUUCUCAAAAACAAACACAGAAAGAAUGAAGCAAAUAUCUUCUAAAAGAGAAAGAAAUGUUGGUCAGGAAAAUACUCCAGGUGCUGAUGGAGCACUUAGCUCUACAAGUCAAGUUUCAUUCUCAAAAGAAGACACAGAAACAACAAAGCAAAUAUCUUAUAAAGGAGAAAGACAUGUUGGUGCUGAUGAAGCAGGUAGCCCUGCACGUCAGGGAUCAUUCUCAAAAACAGACACAGAAAGAGCGAAGCAAAUAUCUUUUAAAAGAGAAAGAAAUGUUGGUGCCGAUGAAGCAGGUAAUCCUGAACGUCAGGGUUCAUUGUCAAAAACAGACACAGAAAGAACGAAGCAAUUAUCUUUUAAAAGAGAAAGAAAUGUUGCUAAGGAUAAUAUUCCAGGUCGUGAUGGAGUACUUAGCUCUACAAGUCAAGUUUCAUUCUCAAAAGAAGACACAGAAACAACAAAGCAAAUAUCUUAUAAAGGAGAAAGAAAUGUUGGUGCUGAUGAAGCAGGUAGCCCUGUACGUCAGGUUUCAUUCUCAAAUACUGACACAAGAACGAAGCAAUUAUCUUCUAACAGAGAAAGAAGUGUUGUUGCUGAUGAAGCAGGUAGCCCUGUACGUCAGGUUUCAUUCUCAAAUACCGACACAAGGACGAAGCAAUUAUCUUCUAACAGAGAAAGAAGUGUUGUUGCUAAUGAAGCAGGUAUCCCUGCACGUCAGGGUUCACUCUCAAACACCGACACAGAAAGAACGAAGCAAUUAUCUUCUAAAAGAGAAAGAAGUAUUGGUGCUGAUGAAGCAGGUAGCCCUGCACGUCAGGUUUCAUUCUCAAACACCAACACAGAAAGAACGAAGCAAUUAUCUUCUAAAAGAGAAAGAACUGUUGGUGCUGAUGAAGCAGGUAGCCCUGCACGUCAGGGUUCACUCUCAAUCACCGACAGAGUAAGAACGAAGCAAUUAUCUUCUAACAGAGAAAGAAGUGUUGGUGCUGGUGAAGCAGGUAGCCCUGCACGUCAGGUUUCAUUCUCAAAAACCGACACAGAAAGAACGAAGCAAAUAACUUCUAACAGAGAAAGAAGUGUUGGUAAGAAUAAUAUUCCAGGUGCUGAUGAAGCAGGUAGCCCUGCACGUCAGGUUUCAUUCUCAAAAACCGACACAGAAAGAACGAAGCAAUUAACUUCUAACAGAGAAAGAAGUGUUGGUAAGGAUAAUAUUCCAGGUGCUGAUGAAGCAGGUAGCCCUGCACGUCAGGUUUCAUUCUCAAAAACCGACACAGAAAGAACGAAGCAAUUAUCUUCUAACAGAGAAAGAAGUGUUGGUGCUGAUGAAGCAGGUAGCCCUGCACGUCAGGUUUCAUUCUCAAAAACCGACACAGAAAGAACGAAGCAAUUAACUUCUAACAGAGAAAGAAGUGUUGGUGCUGAUGAAGCAGGUAGCCCUGCACGUCAGGUUUCAUUCUCAAAAACCGACACAGAAAGAACGAAGCAAUUAACUUCUAAACGAGAAAGAAGUGUUGGUAAGGAUAACAUUCCAGGUGCUGAUGAAGCAGGUAGCCCUGCACGUCAGGUUUCAUUCUCAAAAACCGACAUAGAAAGAACGAAGCAAUUAACUUCUAACAGAGAAAGAAGUGUUGGUGCUGAUGAAGAAGGUAGCCCUGCUCAUCAGGUUUCUUUCUCAAAAACCGACACAGAAAGAACGAACCAAUUAACUUCUAACAGAGAUAGAAGUGUUGGUGCUGAUGAAGCAGGUAGCCCUGCACGUCAGGUUUCAUUCUCAAAAACCGACACAGAAAGAACGAAGCAAUUAACUUCUAACAGAGAAAGAAGUGUUGGUGCUGAUGAAGCAGGUAGCCCUGCCCGUCAGGUUUCAUUCUCAAAAACCGACAGAGAAAGAUCGAAACAAUUAACUUCUAACAGAGAAAGAAGUGUUGGUGCUGAUGAAGCAGGUGGCCCUGCAUGUCAGGUUUCAUUCUCAAAAACCGACACAGAAAGAACGAAGCAAUUAACUUCUAACAGAGAAAGAAGUGUUGGUGCUGAUGAAGCAGGUAGCCCUGCACGUCAGGUUUCAUUCUCAAAAACUGACACAGAAAGAAUGAAGCAAUUAACUUCUAACAGAGAAAGAAGUGUUGGUGCUGAUGUAGCAGGUAGCCCUGCACGUCAGGGUUUAUUCUCAAAAACCGACACAGAUAGAAUGAAGCAAUUAUCUUCUAAACGAGAAAGAAGUGUUGGUAAGGAUAACAUUCCAGGUGCUGAUGAAGCAGGUAGCCCUGCACGUCAGGUUUCAUUCUCAAAAACCGACACAGAAAGAACGAAGCAAUUAACUUCUAACAGAGAAAGAAGUGUUGGUGCUGAUGUAGCAGGUAGCCCUGCACGUCAGGGUUUAUUCUCAAAAACCGACACAGAUAGAAUGAAGCAAUUAUCUUCUAAACGAGAAAGAAGUGUUGGUAAGGAUAACAUUCCAGUUUUAGGUGAAACACCAGAUACAAAUCUUGAAUAUCAAGAGUCAGGACUACAAUUUGGAAUUCAGGCAAAGAAACUAAAAAUAUUCACACCUGAAAAUGCCCACCAUGAAGAAUCAACUACAGGUGUUAGAGUGGAGAAUCUAAAUGUAUCAUCAACCUCCCAAAUGCAGUUAAAGAAGCAAAAAUCUUUGGGAGGAGAAAUAUUUACUACAAUUCCUUUAGAACACUCAAAAAGAGAAGUAUCAGCAGAAAAUUUCUUUCCCGAGAAGAGACUUUAUGUAACCACAAGCCAGUCUCAGAACAAGAAACAAUACACUCCUUGGGAUGAUAAUGCAAAGACUCAGGAAAAAUCAGUCGCAGGAGUUCAAGAGAUAUCAGAACCUAAGAUACCAACAAACCCAACGAUUAGUGACAUCAUAUUUCAUUUGGGCAUGGACAGAGUGGUUGAGAAUGACAUAGAAAACUUGAAAGAAACAGCUGUACAACAUGCAUUAAGUAGUGACGAUGAGAUUGGCAAAGACACAAAAAAGACGCCUUCAACAUCAAGAUCAAAGGAACCAGUGAAAACAGAAUCAAAGAGUAAUGAAGAUGGGACUAAAAAGAUUGCUAAAGGCAUGAAAAUACUUGGAAAACUGAAAGAUCAAUAUGGGUUGAGUUCAUCUGCAAGCAAGGAUACUGGUCCAGGGAUGAUGCCGAUAAGGUCAUUCACAGGCAAUCAAGGGCAGUCUAAUUAUCAAACGUUAAAGAAACAAGGUGCUAAGCCUCCAAAUACCAUACAACUUUCGAUUUCUUCUAUCAAAAACCAGAAAAAUAAAGUUUUGGAACAGCCUAAGCCUGAAAUGAUAGCUGAAGACAGUGUUGAACUUGAUGAUAAUUGGACGACGGCUGAUCCUCCUCCAAAUAUCAAAGUCAUUAAAGAGCUAUCUAAAACUUUGGACUUAGAUGUUGGAGAUAUUCAAUCUUCAAACCUUCUGGUCAAGACACCAUCUGCUACAAAGAACCCUGAGAGUAAAGAGCCAUCUAAACCCAGCAACUUGGUCAAGGAAGAUUUUCAAGAUACUCAUACUCUGGACCUGUCAACCUCUACUAUAAUGAAACUUUUGUUUAAAGAAGAAGCUAAAAUUAGGAGCUUAGAGAAUAAAUUAAAUAAAGGAUCAAACAUUCUGCACAAAUCAACCUCUCUUAUGAAGAAGUUUCUUUUCAAAGAGCGAUUUAAGUCUAAAGAGAAAAUAACGAAAAGAAAGAUUGUUGAUAAAAGUAAACACCCUCUGCCCAUGUCAAUCACCACUACAAAAGUUCGAAAAGGGAAAUCUAAAAUUCGUAACUUAGACAAGUCAAUUAUUAGAGGAAAAAGUCUUCUGAACAAAUCAACCUCUGCUAUAAAGAAACCAGUGCUCAAAGGAAAACACCUAACGCCAUCUGGGACCCGGAUGAACAGGGGCUCCAGGAAAAGGCAUCGCAGGCCCUCCUGGUUGUCGCCGCCCUCACCGAGAGCUCAAAAGCAGCCCUCCACGAGCAACGCGAGCAGUGGGACCACAGAGCAGUCUAAACUUGAAAAAUCACAAAAGAAAUGUGAUAACUGUUCAGAUCUUUCAAUAUCUGGCUCCAGUAAACAAGAGCUUGAAGGGCCACCUAAGCCUGGAAAUGUAGCCAAGAAAGGUAUUGAUGAUCCAAACAGUCUGAACUCUUUGACAUCUCCCAUAAGGAAGCCUAUACUAAAAGGGCAGUCUAAAACUAGAGCAUUAGACGAGAAAGAUUUUGACCGUCCACAUACUCUGGUUCUUUCAUUAUCUGCAUUCAGUAAACAAGAGCUUGAAGGGCCACCUAAGCCUGGAAAUGUAGCCAAGAAAGGUUUUGAUGAUCCUGAUGAGCCAAAAAGUCUGAACACUUUUGCAUUUCCCAUAAGGAAGCCUAUACUAAAAGGGCAGUCUAAACCUAAAGCAUUAUAUCAGAAAAGUGUUGACGUUCCAAAUAAACCGGUUGUUUCAUAUUUUGACUUCAGUAAACAAGACUUUGAAGGUCAGUUUAAGUCUCACCUUAACUCUGAUGGUUUCAAACUUCCAAGUACUCUCCGCUCUUCUGCCUCUGCUGCAAGGAAGCGUCUCCUUAAAGCAUUAAAUACUAUUCCGUGAAAGCCUGUUACACAUCUGCACUUGAGAGAAAAAAUACUAGUGGUAAGCAGCAUGAAGAUAUUCAUGGAUGCAAUGAGGCAAACUUCGAUAGGAACCAAUGUGUGGGAAGCCAUCUGAGUGGAUGGUACUUAUAUAGAACAGUUGUGUGGAAGGCCGCUGAAGAACAGAGUACGACCAGAUCAUGAAAGUCCUUCAAAGACAGCAGAACUCGUCACUCUUUGGAACAGCUUGAACCUUAAGAUCACCCUGAUGUUGCUGAUGUACCAGCUUGCUUUGACUAGAUAAGAUGCUUCCAGUACCUUCUGGCAUGGUGUAAAGGCAAUUAAACGACAUUUGUGCUA